AUGAGGAUUUUUGUGGCUUUUAAAGGAUCUUUUGAGGCAUUUGAUGUUUCAACAGAGAAGACAGUAGUGAACGUGUCACUGCUCUUUAAGGAUGAUUUCCACAGUCCUCUUUCUGAAGACCAACAAGGCAGGUGGUAGCUAGAGUUGAAGUAUGCUGGAGCUGCCCUCAGGAACAGUUGAAGUCUGUCGGAUGUCGGAAUUAUCUUCUGCUCAACUCUCAAAUGCUUCGGUAAGAAAGAAGACAAGCCAGCCCUCUAUGUGUUUAAUGCUGUGACCCAGGAGAUGAUGCCAAUAAUGGAGAAUGUGUCUAUUCUGGGUAAAAAGGUGUCUGACCUGAGAAUGCUGGUAACUCUGAGAUGUGGCUUUCCCGUGAGUGUCUACUGUCUCCGGACACCAACGGGACUGGAGAUAUAUGACUGCAACACCCUCAAGGACUACCAGAUUGAUACUGACACAACACUUUGUUUGGAUGUCUGGGAUGAAUGGAAGGAAUUUCUCGUGGGAUGUCUUCUUGGGCAAACACCUAAAGUCCAACGAUACUUAUCAAAAAAAGGACCAGUACUCGAGUACCAGAAGAGGGUAGCCCUGUACAUCGCUGCUUUUCAUGGACACACUGAACUCACUGAAUGGGCUCUGAAGCAGGGCGUGCAGCCCCACGAGGUGGUUGGUGUUCACCCUUAUCCAGCCUGGUGCCACGAAGCCCUUCACACAGAUGUCUGUCAUUGCCCUAUUCACACAGCUGCAGAAGCUGGCCAACUGUUAAUUCUGAAGGCCUUUGUCAUCUGCAGCGUCCUGUGCCUGGAAUGUAAAAACACAGCAGGACAGACUCCCCUAGCCAUUGCAGCAAAACGCCAGCAUAAAGACUGUAUGUUAUACUUACUGGGUAAAAUGCGGUCCACAGUUUCUUUUCUAAAACUUUCAGUCCCAGUGAGGAUUUAUAUUAAAAUAAAGCAGUGGCUCCUCAGAGCUCAGAGUCGUAGGUGCCAUCGAAGCCAACUUGGCAGAGGAAGGGUCUCUGGGGCAAAGGUUGGAGACACUGUGGUGGUGGAUGGUUUCACUAAGCCAAAAAUAACAUCCAAGAACUGCCACAAGGCUGGGGACAAGUGGCAAAGCACUCGGAGCAAACUGGCACCUUGCAAGCAACAGUCAGGCAGGAAACCUGUCGAUUCUUUAGUACUUUCGCAAAGGGACACCAGCAAACAAAUCGCAUUCCCACCCUCAGUAACUACAAACAAGUGCUCAGAACUACAAAGUCAUCAACGAGAAAGCCAGAAAAAUAAAACUGCUCCGGCGGCGGGGAGGAAAGAAAAGCACAUAAAAAAUGCCUAUCUCCCGCAGGUCCUGCUCCCUCCAGUUUCAAGAGUGGAGUAUUCACACCCACUGUUGCACCUGCACUCCACCGGGUGCUGAAUAAGGCCCUUCUCCACACCUUUCUCAGAGCACAGUGGGAGGACUCCAGGAGAGAAUGCCAUCUACUGCUGAGCUGUGGCAAGGCAAUCCUUUAAAGAGAAGUGAUGGCAACAGCAAUUAGCAAUAGCAAGAGUCCUGGCCACAAAGAGCAUUUCUAACUGA